GUUAACAAUACAAAGUGUGGAAAAAAUUAAAGUACCGUGGAAUUCAGGACUUGCGCGGUUAAGAGUGCAGGAGCAUGGAUGAAUUUAAAACCAUAACAGCGACCACUUCAGUGGUAAAAAUUUCGGCUUGUUUGGAAAAGAUUUACAAAAAAAUUGUUGAAAGCCGUGACAAGAAAAUAGCCGAAUUUAAUAUUAGAGAAAUUGAGUUUCUAAAAACCCAAUGCAAAACCGACAACAUACAAUUAUGUUUAAUGAGUUGUCAGACUUUCGUGCGUUUAGUUGAUAAUGGUACCUUGGAAACGACGAACGUUUUAACUAUAUUAAUGUCUUUAUUGCCUAAUUCAAGUCCUUUACAAUGUAAUGCUAUAACUGAAUCUAUUAUUAACCUGCUGCUGAUGAAUAUAAAACGAAAAGUUUCAUCGCUUAAGGAAAACGAAACGUUUCAAUCGCAAUAUGGUCUCAAAACUCAGCAACAUCCGAUGAUUACUCUAUUACAAAAUCCCGCUGUAAAUAUGAACGAUAUUGCGAAUAAAAUUAACGGCAUUUGUAAUCACUAUGAUAAACAAAUAAAAGAUGUCAGUAUCGAGUAUUUAAGACCGGUUUAUUUGUAUAUACUUUGCAAUCCACAAACUUUACCGGAUUCAAAAGCUAUUUGGACUGGAUUGUUGAUUUUAAGUCGUCAAAAUAAAGAGGCCAAGGAAUUAAUGCAAGACAUUCUAUCGUGGAGUAAAAUUUCAUCUUCGCAAAAUUGUCUUUUCACGAGCAUCCUCUUAAUAGAAGCCAUUGAGUACUUCCUGUACAAUAAGGACUUUAAGCAGUGUUUGGAUUUAAGCAUAUAUCAAUUAUUAGUUAUAAAUUACUUAACUAAAUACGGCAUUGAUCCUCGGCCAAGUCUACGUUGUAUCUUAAGGGUGCUGCAUGCAACAAAGCAAGAGUCACGUGAUUAUUAUAAUGUAAUGUUAAUAUUGCUAGCAGAUAUCAUACAUAUCUUGGUACCUGCAUAUUUGCCUGAUUUGAUGCGUGUAAUCAGUUUCAUAGUUGUGCAGGAGAGCUGUGGGCAUCAAUACAUUCUGAACAUGUGCCUUGAUGGUAUCAUCCAGUGGAUGUCUCAGACUGCAUUCAUACCCGCAGACGGUUUAGCCAUCGCUCAUCAAAUUGUGCGCAAAAUUCUCAAUAUAUCCAAAGGAACUGAUCAUUCCCUAUCCGUGAAUACCAAACAAAUUGAUCCGUUGAGCAUAAAAUGCUACCAUUCCAAUAUAGCGAUAGCCGUAGAUUUAGCUAAAUUGGUAGAAUUCUUUGACGAAUCAGAAUUCAAAGACGUCUUUUACUUUGUGGACACUUUGAACGUUAAAGCGAACUCAGCAUUUAGUCAACGCUUGCAUUUAUUUCUAAGAGCUUUAUUUCUUUCGCGUGAUCUCUCCAUGGAUUGUUGGUUUAAAGUCUAUCAAGUCCUAUUAGAGAUAAUAAAAGUCAACAAUGGCAUAGCCUACGAUUUUUUAAUGACCUAUCUCUUCAAAUUGGGCGAUGAACAUAGUCCGGAAAUACAAAUCGAACUCUUGAGGGGUUUACCAAAUUUUGCCGUCUCCAAGGAUAAUAUACCUAUGAUUUUGAAUACUGUACAUAUCUUAACGACUGAAAAUCCCACCUUUUGCAUGGAUUUGUACUUGAGACUGUGGCGUGUUGAGACGCGGACAUAUCCUUUUCUUAUUAAGUUGCUAGCACUGCCUUUCAAAGACGCACAACGUAAAUGGGAAUUUGAAAUUGCCAAAACGCACACCAUACGCGAAAUAUGCUUAGAGCAACCUACGCAACAUGGUUCCGAAUUAGUAUCACAUCUUUCCGACAUUUUAAACACCUGUACAGAUGAAUCCGGAGACUUAGCGACAUCCCUGGCAUUGGAUGCUAUAGUGGCUUUGUGCGACAGUCAUACUGUAAAUAUAGCCUCUACUUGGCGUGUUUUGAGCAGCAAAUUUCGUCAUGAAAAAAGACCACGUGCCCUAAAAUCUUUAUAUCGGUUUUUUGCUCAUGUUCCUCUUUUACAAACUCCUACUUUAGAAUUUGAGCAACUCGUUGAUGAAGCAUUGGAUCAAUUAUGGAUGACUAUAAGUCGUUCAGAUAGCGAAUGCAAUUUGAUAUGCGAAGCUUUGGCCGCUUUAAAGCAAUAUGAAAUUGGUAGCUUGUUAACUUUGCGUCACAUACCGCCACAAUUUCGUCAGAAUUUACAUGUGGCGCGUGAAUACACAGCACCCGACGGUCGGGCUGUAGUAGAUUUGCAGCAAGAAAUGGUACCUGGUGAGUGCUGGGUGCAAUUACUGCAGAAAAUACGUCCCGAAUGCGGUAAUGCAGCAGCCGAUUUAAUAGCUCAUUAUAUUUACAAUGAAAUCAAUAAUUAUCGAAGUGGUGUCUACCGUUUACCCGAAAUCCGACCGGAGCCGCGAAAAUUGCAAGGCUUAUCUGCCCAAAGCCCUUUAAGAGCGACAGUUGCUUAUUUGGUCAAUCAAGCACGUUUCGGCGAUCAUAACAUUACUGAACCUCACGCGAUCACAAACGCCUUAAGAGCUAUAUCGAAAAAGUUCCCCAAGCCUAUACCGCCAUUAGACUGGUGUUUUCUGCACAGUUUCUUUCACUUAUCAUUUGAAGCACGCAAGUAUUGCAUCUUAAUAGCAAAAAAUCAAUUAUUGCAUUCGGGUACAGCCCGCCGUAUAAUAGAAAAUUUCCUCGUCGAAUUUGAGCCCAAUUGCUUCGAAGAGGAUUUACUUUUAUUGUUCUCAUUACUACCAGAAAUUGGUAACGGUGUUAGUUUAACAAUAUUGAAAACAUUUGCCGAAAAAGUGGCUCUAUAUUGUUUUAAAGAAUCUCAGCUGAGUGGCUUUGCUGAUGGCUGCUUAUUUGAAAAGUUUUUGGAAAGCGUGCGACUAGUAUUUACUGGUAAAUGUGAUAUACCAGAAGUAUUAGAUGUCUUCACAUUAAUAGUAGAGCGUUAUAUAGAUUCAAUGGACAUUGAUUCUCGUCUAUUUGAGCGUUACACUGAGGUUGUAGCCUUACUAAAUACUAACGCUAUUGAAGGUCUGACAUCACCGGCCAAUUGGUGGGAAACUCCUACCGGUAAACUUAAGAAAGCGACUAUUAUCCGCUCUUAUUUAGUAUUAUAUAAUAAUCAGCUGAAUAAUCCAUUAAAAUGGUUAAAUCCAAUUAUUGAUGCAUUUGCUAAACGGCAAGAAGAACAUUUGUUUUUCUACCACCAUUUAGCUACAACUUUGUAUGCAUUUAAUAACGAUGAACAAUCUUGCAACUGGGUAAUGGAAAUGUUUCUCCAAAUACAAGCACUGCUAGCAGAGUCUUCUAAUAAGGAAAAACUCGAUAAAGCCUUGUAUUUGUUGGACAUAUUCAUCUUAAGUGUUGACGUGCUGUCUGGCUGUGCAGUAUUGUUAGGUAAUUUGGAUGUGGUAGCUACUCAAAAUGCUGAACGUUAUCAUAUAUUUCCCGAAAGUCUUCAACUUUUAUGUGAUCAUAUUUUCUGGAAGGAUCAAGAAGCCAAGAUUUAUGAAUUUUUAUACAAUUUAUUUAAAAACAACGCCAUACCCGACAUUUAUUCUAAAACCUUUAAAGACGCCAUUAUAUGUUCGCGAAAUAAGUCGUACUUUGAAACUAAAGGUAUUUGGACCAAAUAUGUGGGCUUGCGGAAAUAAUGGCAGAACCUGGUUAAAUGUGUUUUCCUAUUUAUUCAUUUCUUUUAAAGGCACGAACGAAACGCCAUUAUCCGUUAACUUUUUU